UCUCCGCAAAUUUCUUUCAGCUGCUGAAGUAUUAGAUGCAAAGCUCUCUCUGUUUUGCUGCCAUCUCACAAAUCGACGCUCUUCAUGAAUAAUCUAUCCCGAAGGUGCCUGAGCUUGUGCGGGUUAAGCUUCUUUAUUGGCAGUGAGGUUAAUGAAUUGUUGUUAUCUUGGUUAUGUUUGAGGAAUGCUUUUAAAGCAUGAAGAAGCAAGAUCUAGUCCAGGGAAGUAUAGAUCUAUUAGUUUCCAUAAAGAUAAAAAACUAUCACAACUACAAUAAUAAUAGACUAAUCAUAAUAAUAGGAAUGAGUCUAAUGACUUGAACAAUAAUACUAGAAGGAAAAAACUCAAUGAAUCAAACUUGAUCAGCACAGCAAGCCAUUUCCGCCAGCCCCUUCUUAGACUUGUUGCUAUUGUUAGUGAUACUUUAUUUAUGCCUAAAUUUAAAUACCGACUUUUCUCAGCAGAAUCUUACUAAUUUUAUGGAUUGGUGAUGUUGUUUACUGGUUUUCCAUAUGUAUGUGGAUGCAGGUUUGUCUCAUAGAAGGUUAUGGAUCAUCAGUUGAGUAGGCCUUGUGAAUCUGUAAGCAGAUCCGAGUUGGAGAAUGACAUCAAUUUUUCUUUACCUCUCAAUGUCAUGGAUGCCCAUUCAACUGCCUCUGAUCCUGUGAUCAAGUACAUUAACCAGAUACUCUUGGGGGACAGCAUUGAUGAGAAUACUCACAGCAUGCUCUAUGAUCCCGUUGUUCUUAGAGCUGCAGAGAAUUCCUUGUAUGAAGCGCUACAUGAUAACAAUAGUGCUGAUACUACAAUUGAAAGCACCAUUGGUAGUUUUAACACUGACCAGUGGAUUGUUGACCCUGAAGAAUCAAAAUCAUCUCCGGACAGUGAUCCUCCAGACUUAUCUUUCCCAUCAUCAAGUCGGACUAAGUCAGAUAGCCUUAACACAGAUUCCGCCAGAAGAAAGAAGCACAACCAUCUAGCUGAAUGUGGGUUAGAAGAAGAAGAAAGGAGCAGCAAGUACUCAGCAGUUUAUAAAGGAGAGGUUGAGUUAUCAGAGUUGUUUGAUAAGGUUUUGAUCUGUACAGAUAAUAUCAUAGAUGGUGGAAAGGGCAUCAUGGAACAGAAGAAGGGGAAGAGUUGCAGGAAGAGCAAUUCUAAAAAACAUGGUGCUACCUCUGAAAUUAUAGAUCUAGGGUCUCUUUUAACCAACUGUGCACAAUCUAUUGCUUUUUUGGAUGAUAGGGCUGCAAAAGAACAACUGAAGAAGAUCAGGCAACAUUCAUCGCUUACUGGUGAUGCAAUUCAAAGGAUGGCUCAUGCAUUUGCUAAUGCUCUUGAGGCACGGCUUAAUGGAACUGGCCCACAACUCUGUGCGGCCCUAGGUCCAUUUAAAAUGACAUCUUCUGAUCUGUUGCGAUCUCACCUCAUAUCUUGGCCACUCAUGAGAAUAUCAUAUUUUGUUUGCAAUACAAUGAUUACUGAAAUAGCGUCAAAAGGUACAUCAUUGCAUGUCAUAGACUUUGGUAUUUCUUAUGGUGUCCAGUGGCCCACUCUUAUCCGCGAUCUUUCUCGAAGACCGGGUGGCCCACCUAAACUUCGAAUAACUGGAGUUGAGCUUCCCCAGCCUGGUUUUCGUCCGGAGCAGAUGGUAGAAGAGACAGGUUGCCACUUGGCAAAAUAUUGCGAGCAUUUCGGUGUACCAUUCGAGUACAAUGCCAUAACAAGAAAGAAUUGGGAGACAGUUAAGAUUGAUGAUUUGAAGCUUGUGAGGGGUGAGGUGGUUGCUGUUCACUGUGCGUUUCGGAUGAAAUCCCUAAUGGAUGAGACAGUUGGUGUGGACAACCCACGGGAUGCAGUUCUAAACCUGCUCCGGGAAAUAACUCCACAGAUAUUUGUUCAAACCGUGGUUAGUGGAUCCCAUGGCUGUACUUUCUUUCUUUCUCGGUUCAGAGAGGCUAUGUCAUUCUACUCUUCUAUCUAUGAUAUGUAUGAUUCCACUCUACCCCUUGACGAUGACAGACUUUGUUUCGAACAACAAAUCCUAGCACGCGGCAUAAUGAAUGUCAUUGGAUGUGAGGGCAUGGAAAGGUCAGAGCGACCCGAAACAUACAAGCAGUGGGAAUUGCGAAAUAUAAGGGCCGGGUUCAAGCCCAUGAACGUGAACACAGAGCUUUUGAAGAAGGUAAGACAUAAGGUGAAGGAGGGAUAUCACAAAGAUUUUGUAUUUGAUGAAGACCGUCAUUGGAUACUGCAAGGGUGGAAAGGUCGGACUAUAUGUGCCACGGCUUGCUGGGUACCUGCAUAAAAAACUCGCCGAGUAACUUUCAUGAAUUUAGAGGCCCUGAGAAAAAUAUCCUCAAGUUAAGCUAUUCUCGAACACCAACCAGGAUGUUUCUCCUCGUUUCCGUCUUUCUCUUUAACAUUAGCCUAUAGACUUAUGCCAGACGUUUACGCGAAUAGAACAUUAUCCUUCUUUUGAUAGUCUCUAACCUGUAAUUUGUUGAUCAAUAAUGCCAAAACUUUCUUUUGUUUUAGGAAAUGCAAAACCUUCAUUAAUCAAAGAAUGUAAAAGGUCACACAGGGGCAUAGCCA